AUGUCCAAGAACCGAACGGGCCUCUACCUGGGUCUUGCCGUGGCGGGCGCAGGCGGGUACUAUCUGUACCGCUCGGGGGGAGAUGUCGAGGGUGCGAAGAAGGAGAUGAAGUACGACGUGAACAAGGCGCGCGAUAAGGUCCCCAGCGGCGAGAGCGCCGAGAAAACGGGCAAGAAUAUCGGCAAGGAGACCGGUGCUGCUUUGGAUAACGCUAUCAACAAAACCCGCACCACGCUGGACGAACGCAUCCCAGAGAAGACGCAGGAGGGCAUCAACAAGGCCGAAGAGCUCCGCAAGGAGGCGCGCCAGAAGUUCCACGAGGGCGUGGACAAGAUGGAUCGCACGGUUGAGCAGAAGGCGGCGGAAACGAAGGGAACGGUGUCCGGGUGGUUUAGUUCGGGAAACAAAUAG